AAAGAUUUCACUUUCAAAUUUCCAUAUGGUGAAGAACAAUUUGAGAGGAAGAGCAUGGUGUCCUUGGAGCAUGUUUAGAGGAUCAGUAUCAUUUCUGCACUGAAGGAGUGCUUACAUUUGCUUUAUAAAGAUGAAAAGCAUCAAGAAUCAGCUGGAUAUGCUGACAGUAACCACCUUAAGCUGAUGAUGUGUGCUUGGGGGUCACUGAAAGAGAAGCCAUGGCAGAGGGUGGUCCCAGUGCUGGUUUUCAGCACCGGUUUGGGAUAGUGCUGGUUGGCAAAGUGGGCUGUGGAAAAAGUGCUUCAGGAAACACCAUCCUGGGACAAGGGCACUUCACAUCAUCCCCUGGCUUCUCUGCUGUAACUAAAUACUGCACAGGGUGUUAUGGUUAUGUCUGCAGCAGGAAGAUCUACGUGGUGGACACUCCAGGGCUGGACUUCCCCGAGCUCAACACAGACGACCUGCUCAGAGACAUAGACUUUUGGGCUCCCGUGGUUCACAUUUUCUUGUUGGUUGUCCAGUUGGGGAGGUUCACCAAAGAACAGCAGGAAGCCAUAAAACAGAUGGAGAAGAUCUUUGGAGAAAGAGUGAGAGAUAUCACACUGGUUCUUUUCACCCAUGGAGACAGCCUGACGAGCAGCAUAGAGGAGUUCAUCCAGAAAGCAGGGGCUCCCCUACAGCAGAUUCUUAAGGCGUAUGGAAACAGAUACCACGUGUUCCACAAUGAAUCUGAUGAUCGCAGUCAAGUGGUUGAACUUGUCCUGAAACUUGACCAGAUAAGAAACUUGAACAAUGGGAGAUUUUACACGAUAGAUGAUUGUUUGCGUCUGAAGAUGAUACUAGUGGGAAAAGCUGGCUGUGGGAAAAGCACCUCAGGCAACACCAUCCUGGGUGAAGAGAAAUUCACCUCACGUAGCUUCCGUGCCAUGGCCAAGCGCUGUGACUGGUUUUAUGGCCUGUCUUGUGACAGGAGGAUCCAUGUCAUGGAUACACCAGGGUUGGACUAUCCAGAAAUUGUCACAGAAGACCUACUUAUGGACAUAGACUGGUGUGCUCCUGUAGUCCAUGUGUUUCUGCUGGUCGUGGAGCUGGGGACAUCCUUGCAGGACCAGCAGAAUGUGUUGGAAAAAAUGGAAGACAUUUUUGGGGAGAAAUACAGAGACUUCACCAUAAUCCUCUUCACUCAUGGAGACCAGUUAAAAUGCUCUGUGGAAAAGUUCAUAGAAGAUGCUGAUCCUCCACUGAAGCAGCUCCUCAAAAGGUAUGGAGACAGAUAUCAUGUGUUUAACAACAAAGUCAAAGAUCCAAAUCAGGUUAGGGAGCUCUUUCCCAAAAUUGACAGAAUGAGGGUUUCAAAUGGUCACGAAGCAUAUAUAUUUGAGGUAUUCCAGGGGAUUUGGAACAAAGAGUAGAAGAAGACAGAGAUGAUCACUGUAUACAGUACAAUGCUUUAGCAGCAUAACACUGUAUGAGUCAUAUCAAGUCCCUGUUACUUAUGAAGUGUUUUUCUUAAAUUACAUCAGUUUUCAUCUUAAGAUGUUUUGUUUUUACAUUAGAUGCAAAAAUAUUAUCUUUCAUAAGCUCUGAAUCUUGUUAUAUAUUGUAAUUAAUAAACAAAGGGUUGGACAGUGGUAAUAUGCUCUUUUUCAGUAAAUGAGCAUCUGAGUGUGUUCUCACACCUCAGCACAGGAUGGCAACACAACACAAAAUAAUGAUGGCCAAUUAUGCAUCUUGCAUAUCCAAUCACUGAGCACUUUAUUAGGAACACUAUACUAAUACUGGGUAGGGCCUUCCUUUGCUCUCAAAACAGCCUCAGUUCAUAUCUAUUUGUUGGAAACAUUCCUGCUGCGAAUCUCUUGUUCUGCCACACAUUUUUGCUCACCACAACUGUAGAGUGGUUGUCUGAGUUACCGUAGCCUUUCUGUCAGCUCUAACCAGUCAGUCCAUUCCCCAUUGACCUCUCUCAUCAACAAGGCAUUCCAUCCACAGAACUGCCUGCAGAAUGUCACUGGAAGUUUUAUUCUUUAUCGCACCAUUCAAUGUAAACCCUAAAGACUGUUGUGUAUGAAAAUCCCAUAGAAAUACUCAAACCAGCCCAUCUGGCACCAACAAUCAUGCCAUAGUCCAAAUCACUGAGAUCAGAUGUUUCCCCAGAUGGUACUUCUAUUAUUCUUGUUUUAGGAAU